UCGCUCCAUCAAUCGUACUGCUGGCUACGAUGCUUCCCGGGUCCUGUAUAAUGGUCCCGCAGGACGCGAUCGUGCCUCUGGAGAUCUUCGAAGGAUUCCAGGAGAAGAAAUCGUCCGGUGAUCGAGGCCUGAUCGUCGGUGAGAUCGCCGCCAUCCAAGAAUUGCGACAGAACUUCUCGGCGACUUUGCCUUGCAUACAAAACUACGUGAACGAGAGUAUAAGUAACCCGGCCAAGUGUGCGUUGGUCAUCAUAGAAGACGAGGGGGACGUGUUCGAGAUCGUGCAUCCUUUGUUGAUCUGGUUGAAGGAACACUACGCAUUCUACACGCACCCGCCGGCGGUGGAUUUCAACAUCCCGCAGCUGGCAUCCAGCGCGAUUGUCGUGAUGUCUAGAGGAGGGAGUCUGCUGAACGAGUACUACGUACUGGACCCUUGCGACAGGGGAUGUCUUUACGUGAUGAUACUGCUGCACAGGUUCGAAGACGAAGAGACUUUUCUCUCGGACGCUGCGAUUCUCUCCGAAGCGAUGUGGCACAGGAAGCUGUCUAUUGUUGCGACUCUGGGCAAAGUCGGGGACACCGUGCUGGUAGCAGGCAGCCUCUCCUUCGAAUCCGGCAAGAUCUGUACACCCAUGGCACCCGAGGUCCUGGGAAGCUGCGUCGAUGGAACAUGGGAGAAUCUGAAGAAGAUCGGCCCCUUGGAGCUGAACGAUUGCUACUUGAAGAUAGCCUAUCUGUACCAGCCUCCGUACGUCAAUGUUAGGAACGGAACGGAAAUGUUGUACGGAUUCGAAGGCCGUCUGAUCGAGGAAGUGGGAAGGGACAUGAAUUUGGAGAGACUGGAGAUCACCUGGGAAGAUAACGCCAGCUUCGUCGACCAGGUCAAAACAACUCUGUUCGACACAACGAAAGCGGAUCUGGUGAUCGGCAGGAUCCUGCAUCUGGAGGACGACGACAUCGGGUACUCGUACACCUACGACGUGGUGCAGUUGGCCUGGCUGGUGCCGAAGAUCGCGGAGGUAUCGUUGAAAGGUCUUGUCCGACCUUUCCAGACCUUCGUCUGGGCAGCUAUCAUUGGAAUCCUGAUUUUCGGAGGUUUCUUCAAGGUGUUCAUGGUGCCCGAUGUCGCUGGCCUGGACAUUUUCGCGAUGAUCAUCGGGGCGCCCGUGCACAAACAGCCUACCAGACUGUCCAGAAGGAUUCACUUCAUCGCCUGGAGCAUCUUCGGCCUCUUCCUGACCCAAUUGUACAUAGACUCUUUGGCCGAUCAAUUGAUAAAUCAGUCUAACUUGAAGAUCGAAACCACGGAGGAACUGGCCGCUUCUAACAUCAAGAUCGCCGGCACCGCGGCGUUCAAAACUAUCAUAGACUCUUUCGACGAAUCCGACGAGUUCGUCGGUCAUAUAAAAAAGGAGUUCGUCGAGCUCGACCUCGAUCUGUACAUCGAGCUUUUCGGAGACAUCCUGGAAGGUAAGAAUACCACGUUCGCGGUGGUAGUGGUGCUGAACUCGUCUAGAAGCGAACCAAUCGAGACAUCCUACGCCUACACCAUGACCACAGACGUGAUCUGCAGUUUUCCUUUGUCCAUGGCUACCUGGAAGGGAUUCCCGCUGAUGUCGACAAUCGACACCAAGAUUCUACUCUUACUCGAUUACGGGAUGUUCGAUUACAUGGUGGACAUCGCCCUUGGAAAAGACAUCCGCGCUAGAAUGUCCGCCAUUGCGCAGGACAAGGACUAUAAAACGAAUCUGCAUCUUCAGCAGUUCGUCCCCGUGUUUCUGACCAUGGCCAUUGGCUUCGUGGCUGGCUCGAUCGUACUGAUCCUGGAGAUCAUAUUGCAUCCUUGGAAGGGGUUCGAGUGAUGUUUCUGAAGUGAUGUGGCAGUUGCUUUCUGGACAGUUGUAUUUGUGGAACGAUAUCGCGCCGCGUUCAGUGUCAUCGCACAUGCGAAACUUUCAGGAUUUCAUC